GAAAGAUCUAAAAGUUUUCAAGAAACGAUGUCAAGAUGGUUUGGAAAAAUCUCUUCUCAUUAAAAUAGUUGAUGGAAAGAUUCAAUUUACCCAUUUUUCUAUCGGAGAAUAUUUUGUUGCAAAAUAUUUGUUUGACCAUAUUCAUGACCAUAAAGAAAACAUUUUGCAAAUUUUAUCUCGCCAUAAUGUUAUAAGAAAGUUUGUCAUGAUGAUUAUAGAGCAACAUAAUGUUGAGGAGCAAAACCCAAACAUACCUCUCGCUUUGGAAGAGGAUGAUUAUGGUGUUUUGAAUAUUCUUCUAUCUCGUACUAAAAGUGAUGUCCUUUUUUGGGCAUGCGAAAGCAAUUGUAUUGAGUUGCUUAAGUUUGUUAUACGAGGACGUGAUGUGAAAUUACUUUACCAUCCAAAAUAUCGAACAAUGCUGCAUGCUGCGGCAGAGAAUGGUUGCCCUGAGAUAUGUUCCUUCCUUAUCGACGAUCACAAGGUAGAAAUUAAUCGAUUGCGCAAUGGACUCGCUCCAAUUCAUCUGGCAGUUGACCAAGGACAUCUGGAUGUAGUGGAUCUGUUUUUGAGAAAAGAAGCAAACCUAAAUAUUCAAAGCAGUCGAGGAUGGUCGGUCCUUCAUUACGCAGCAUACAAUAAUCAUACAGAUAUUGUUCAAUACUUGAUUGAUAAAGACUUCGACAUAAAUGCUUUGGAGAACAGAAAUUGGACUGCCUUACAUUUUGCAGCACAAAAUGGACAUUAUGAAAUGCUGAAUUUCUUAAUAAGACAAAAUGUGAAUUUGAAUGCCCUGGAGGAAAAUGGUCGAACGGCGCUACACAUCGCAGUGUCAAAUGGUCACACAAGGUGCGUUGAGUUAUUGCUUGCAACAGAUAUUGAUUUUGAGCAUCAGGAAGAUAAAGGUUGGACUGCACUUCAUUUUGCCGCUCAGAUUGGCAAUUUUGAAAUUGUAAAGCUUUUAAUUCGAAAACAAGCCAACUUGGAGGCUUUGGAGAAUAGGAAUUGGACAGCUCUUCAUUUUGCAGUCCUCGGUAACCACAUUGAAACUGUUAAGCUACUACUGAAAUGCAAGGUCAAUCUGGAGGCAAUGGAAAAGGACGGUCGAACGCCACUUCACAUUGCGGCUGGCAAGGGUCAUUCGAGUGUGGUGGAAUCAUUGAUUGUUGAAAAGGCUAACCUUGAAGCCAAGGCAAACAAAUUUUUAACGGCUUUACAUUACGCUGCUGAUGGUGGCCAUGUGAAAGUUGUAAAACAACUGAUAUCCAAGAAUGUUAACCGUGAAGCUCAGGACAGCAAACUAUGGACAGCAAUGCACUUUGCAGUUCGAAACGGCCACACAGAAGUAGUGGCCGUGUUAGUGGAGAACAAAUCUUGUAUAUAUGCCAAAACAAACAUUGGAACAACUCCGUUACACCUCGCUGCUAAUCAGGGACACAAGGACAUUUUAAAAAUGCUACUGAAUGAAAAGGCAAAUGUUAACAUUCAGACACUCAAAGGAUGGACAGCAUUUCACAAAGCAGCUGAACAUAACCACGUGGAAGUUAUGAAAGAACUAAUUGCUAAUGACGCAAACUUGGAACUUCGAGACAGUAAAGGAUGGACUGCUCUACACAUGGCUGCUGCUGAGGGUCAUAUUGAGGCUGUGAAAUGUAUGAUUUCGAACAAAGUUCAAAUUGAUGCACGUGAAAACAAAGGCUGGACAGCUUUACAUUUUGCAGCACAAAACGGCCACAAGAGCGUUGUGCAAUUGUUGAUCAAUGAAAAAAUUGAUUUGAAUAUCCCAGAAGAAGACGGAUACACCGCACUACAUAUAGCUGCGUCGAAAGGUCAUACUGAAGUUGUUGAAAUAUUGGUCUCUAAUGAUGCUAACCUGGAGCUUAUGGAAAAAGAUGGCUGGACUGCACUGCAUUUUGCGACCCAGAAAUGUUCCGUAGAAGUUACAAAACUACUAUUGAAGCAUAAAUCUAAGUGCAAUGUUAAGGAACACAGCGGAAAAACUCCACUUCAUGUUGCCGUCGCAAAAGGAAAUGAAGAUGUUGUGCAACUUUUACUAGAUCAUGGUGCUGAUGUUGAUGCUCAAGAAAACAACCUUAGAAGUCCUCUCUGCUAUGCAGCUCAAGCAGGUCACACUGCCAUCGUAAAACUACUGUUACAAUAUAAUGCAAAUAAGGACGCUUCAGAUGAUACAGGAUGGAAUGCACUUCAUUUUGCCUGUAAUAAUGGGCACCUAGAAGUGGUCGAACUUUUGCUCAUACAAUUAGCGGACAUAAUGAUUACAGACAAUAAAAAAUGGACGCCGCUGCACUUUGCUGCUCAAAAAGGUUACGUAGAAAUUGUAAAGUUAUUACUGUUAAACCAAGCAGUUGCGAAUGCUAGGGAAAAUGAUGGGUGGACUGCCCUACACAUUGCAUCCCAAAAUGGUCACGUGCCAGUUGUUCAAGAGCUGUUGAGAAACAAGGCAAAUGCGAGCAUUUGCUCCGAUACCGGGAAAACAGCCCUCCAUAUUGCAGCAGCUCGAGGCCAAACAGAAAUUGUACAGCUAAUCGUUCCCGUGAUGGAUGAUUUGACUAUUUCAGAUGAUAAAGGAUACACGGUUUUGCAUUUAGCAGCUGAAAAUAACCAAUUGGACACGUUGAAGAUGUUAAUAGAAAAUUUUGGAAUUGAAACUGACGCUCGGACUGCCAGAGGGUGGACGGCUCUUCAUCACGCUGGAGCCCGCGGCCAUGAGAAUACCUUGAAAUUGCUAAUGGAACAUAAUAUCAAUCUAGAAAUUCGGGAUAAUAGAGGAUGGACGACAUUGCAUCUGGCAGCCCAAAAUGGGCACCUAAACAUUGUCAAGCUUCUUGAAGAAAAAGCAGAUUUGCAUGCUCUAACAAGAGACGGAAGAAAUGCAGCCAUAAUUGCCGCCUCAAAUGGUCACGAAGACAUACUAAAAUUUUUAAUGUCCAAACAAGUCAACUUGGAACAUUUAGAGGAAGAUCGAUGGAAUGCACUCUAUUUCGCAGUUGAUAACGAGCAUCACAAAAUAGUAGAAUUGUUAAUAUCAGCGGAUGUAAAUUUGAACGUUCAGACCAGUAAAGGAAAGACCUCCUUACAUGCAGCAGCAGCGAAAGGAUUCACAGAUAUAGCACGUCUGUUGAUAACUAAAGGUGCCGAUUUGGAGGUUGAAGAGGAAGACAGAUGGACAGCAUUACAUUUUGCUGCACAAAAUGGUCACACUGCUGUUGUGGAAUUGCUGCUACUGAAUAAGGCCAACGUCAGUGCAGCUGAAAAAGAUGGCUGGACACCUCUUCACAUUUCUUCGCAGAAUAAUCACGCGCAGGUGGUUGGGAUGUUAAUAGAAAAAUGCAAAAACGCUGAGCUUCGAACUGGUUCCGGAAAAACUGCACUACAUAUCGCGGCAGCCAAAGGUAAUCCAGAUAUUGUAAAAACUCUUAUCACCAACAAGGUUAACAAGGCCAAUUUAGAAGCGGUGGAUGACAUGCGUUGGACUGCUCUUCAUUUAGCAUCUCAGAACGGGCAUACGAGCACAGUGCAGAAACUGAUCGAGGGUGGCGCAAAUCUUAAUGCCCAAACAAAUAAACGAUCAACUGCGCUUCACAUUGCAGCUAUGAAGGGGAAUGCAGAUAUAGUUCAGCUUCUGGCCGAUAAUAAAGCUGAUUUGGAAGUCAAAGAAAAAGACCAAUGGACGCCAUUACAUUUUGCAGCACAAAAUGGACAUGUGAAGGUGAUUGAUGUGCUUAUUCAAAAACAUGCCAAUUUGGAAGCCAAAACGAAAAACCAAACUACAGCUCUUCACAUAGCCGCGUCGAAAGAGUCCCCCACCAGUGUUGGAGUCGGCACGGAUGCUCCACUACCACCAUAUAUCGAAGGAGGUAAGCCGGCUAUCCAACAUUUUGGUCCUUCGAACCGGAUGCCUAACCCGGGGACCAGUUGGACGGAAUUGCGCCACACCGAAACCAACAGUGCCAAGUGA